AUGAAGAAUUCGACAAUUGAUGAUAAUCUUCUUGUUAAUGAAGAUGAACAAAUAUUAAUUAUGAAAAAGAGAAAUCGAUUAUGUUUUCGUAUGUUUUUUGGAACAAUGUCACAAUUAAAUGAAAUUUAUUGUGAAAAUCAAUUUCUUUCGAAAUGGAAAUUUCUUCGAUAUAUUUUAAUAUAUUUUGAUAGUGUGUUUCGUGGAAUUGGUCAAGUAAUGUUUGCUAAUAAUCCUUUAUCUGGAUUAAUUAUUUUCUUUGGAUUAUAUUGUGGAAAUUCUCAAUUAUCUUUUUAUGGAUUUUUUGGUACAUGUAUUUCAACAUUAACAGGUUAUUUAUUUGAAUUUGAUUCAAAUUUAAUUCGAAAUGGAUUAUUUGGUUAUAAUGGAUGUUUAAUUGGAAUGGCAAUACCAUUUUUUACUUUAUCAAAUUCUUAUUAUCUCAUUUGUCCAAUAAUAAUCUUCAGUAUCUUUUCAACAAUAUUUUAUGUGUCAAUAAAUCGAUUCUUUGUUCGUUAUAUGGAUAUUUCCUCAUUUACAUUUAGUUUUCAAAUGUGUACAUGGAUUUAUAUUCUUAGUUGUUUCAAAUCUCAUCAUUUUCAAUUGAAUCACGAUCUGAUUUCACCUCAUUUAUUGAAAAUAUCCGAUGAAAAAGUGAAAAUGACAUUUGAAAAUUAUUCUUUACAAAUGAAUUUUCAAGGUUUUCUUUCGGGUAUUUCUCAAGUUUAUUUUAUUGAAAAUGUUUAUACGGGAAUGUUUAUUCUUAUUGGACUUUGUCUUUGUUCUCGAAUUCUUGCAUUUUUUGCUUUAUUCGGAUCGAUAAUUGGUCAAUUAUUUGCCACAUAUGUUUUUCAAAUGUCAGUUGAAUCAAUUCGAUCAGGAUUAUGGGCUUUUAAUUGUGUAUUAACAUGUCAAGUGUUAGGUGGAAUGUUUUUUGUUUUAUCCGAAUAUCAAAUAUGGUUUUAUACAUUUUAUGGAUCAUUGAUGACAUUAUUAAUUCAAUUAAGUCUUUCAUCAUAUUUCUCUUCAAUUGGUCUUCCUGUUUUAACAUUUCCAUUUACUUUUAUUUCUUGGAUCUUUUGUUCAAUAAAUCAAUGA